AGGCAGGGCGCCGAGAGGAAUUGGCUGUGGGUCCAGCUUUGGACCACAUUUCCCAGAGGGCCGGGUGGCCGGUCGCUCUUCUCGCAGGAACUCGAACGUUUCGUCACGUCUGGCGGGACCGUUAGAUCCAUGAGUUCUACCCUUAUCCAGGUGCAGAAGAGAAGGAAAGAAUGCAAAAUGAACUUCUUCAAGCAAUGUCCAAGGGAUCAAUGAUGUUCAGGGAUGUUUCUAUAAACUUCUCUCAGGAGGAAUGGGAAUGCCUGGACUCUGGUCAGAUGAAUUUAUACAAAGAAGUGAUGUUGGAGAAUUUCAGCAACCUGGUUUCAGUGGGACUUUCCAAUUCUAAGCCAGCUGUGAUUUCCUUAUUGGAACAAGGAAAAGAGCCCUGGAUGGUUGAAAAAGAGCUGACGAGAAGCCUUUGUUCAGAUCUGGAAUCCAUGUGUGAGACCAAGAUAUUAUCUCUAAAGAAGAGACAUUUUAGUCAAGUAAUAUUUACCCAUGAAGACAUGCCCACUUUUAUUCAGCCCACAUUCCUCACUCCACAUCAAAAAACUGUUAAUGAAGAGAAACCCUGUGAAUGUAAGAUAUGUGGAAAGGCCUUUAAUCAGAACUCACAAUUUAUUCAACAUCAGAGAACUCAUUCUGCUGAAAAAAACUACAAAUGUAAAGAGUGUGGGAAGUCCUUUAGUCGUGGCUCGCUUGUUACUCGACAUCAGAGGAUUCAUACUGGUGAAAAACCCUAUGAAUGUAAGGAAUGUGGCAAGGCUUUUAGUUGUAGUUCAUAUUUUUCUCAACAUCAGAGGAUUCACACUGGUGAGAAACCCUAUGAAUGUAAGGAAUGUGGAAAAGCCUUUAAUUAUUGCUCAAACCUCAACGAUCAUCAGAGAAUUCACACUGGUGAGAAACCCUAUGAAUGUAAAGUAUGUGGAAAAGCCUUUACUAAGAGUUCACAGCUCUUUCCACAUCUGAGAAUUCAUACUGGUGAGAAACCUUAUGAAUGUAAAGAAUGUGGGAAAGCCUUUACUCAACACUCAAGGCUUAUUCAACAUCAGAGAAUACAUACUGGUGAGAAACCUUAUGAAUGUAAGGAAUGUGGGAAGGCCUUUAGUAGUGCCUCAACACUUACUAACCAUCACAGAAUUCAUGCAGGCAAGAAACUCUAUGAAUGUAAGGAAUGUGGAAAGGCCUUUAUUCAGAGCUCAGAACUUAUUCAACAUCAGAGAAUCCAUACAGAUGAAAAACCUUAUGAAUGUAAUGAAUGUGGGAAGGCCUUUAAUAAAGGUUCAAACCUUACUAGACAUCAAAGAAUUCACACUGGUGAGAAACCCUUUGACUGUAAGGAAUGCGGAAAGGCCUUUGGUAGUCGUUCUGACCUUUUUCGCCAUGAAGGAAUUCAUACUGGGUGAAAGAUAAGCUCUGUUCAUAAUCUUUAUAAUAAGAUCUUAAAAAUAGGUAAUGGAAAAAAAGCAGUGUAGUAGUUUUUUGAGCUACUAUAACAAUAUCAAGUACCUCAAAAUUGGGUGACUUAAAACAACAUAAAUGUAUUCUCUCACAGUUUUGGAGCUUUGAAAUCCAAAAUUAAAGUUGUUGGUAAGGUUGGUUCCUUCUGAGGACUUUGAAGAAGAAUCUGUUCCAUGUCCCUCUCCUGCCUUCUGAUAACAACAAUCUUUGAUAUUCCUUGUCGUGUAAUGCAUCACUCCAGUCUCUGCCUCCAUCUUCACAUUGCAUUCUCCCUAUGUAUAUCGGUCUCUGUCUUGUUUAAGAGGAGACUCAUACAGGACAUGAGUCCUAUUGGAUUAGGGCACACCCCGAUGACCUUAUCUUAACUGAUAACAUCUGCAAAGACCUUAUUUCCAUGUAGGAUCACAUUCACAAGUGCCAGGGGUUAGGGCUUCAACAUAGUUUAACCCAUAACACUGUUAACAUUGUUUUUCUAACAUAUUUGUAAUUUUCUUUUAUACAUAACUUGUUAAUAUUCUAAAAUGUAAAUUCAAGGUUUAAAUUAUACCUGCCUUCCCUCCAAAAAAGAUUCUGUCCCAAACUACUUCUUAAAUAAUUCUUUCCUCCCCAUUGUUUUAUUCUGCUUCUUGGUUAUACAUUUGUGUUUAUAUUGGCUUCAUUUUAGAGCCAUCUUUUCUAUUGCUCUGACCUAUAGAUCUGGUACUACCAAUACUACACUGUAAGUCCUGUUAAUAGGCUAUCUUUUAAUUCCUGGCAAAAUUAUAACUUUGUUAUUGAAGGCAGCUCUGUUCUUUUUCCCUUUGGUAACACUCAUAUUUUCAUGUUGUAAAAAACACACAAAGGAAAUAAAUAGAUUAUCUGUAAGCCUUCCAAACAGAAAUUACUACUUUCAUAUUAUUACAACAUAUCCUUCCAGGCUUUCUUAGUGUAAUCUGAUGUGCAUGCCGUACCAUAACCUGCUUCUAUCAUGCUACUGUUUCAGUAAGUAUAAAUAUUUAUUUAUCAUUAUUUUUAAUGGUAUCAUAAUCUUUUCUAUGGUAGAUUAUCAUUUUGCUAAAUACUACUGACAUACUUAAUGGUGCUCACUGAAAUUUUACAGUUAUAAAAAUUGCCUUUUAAAUACAAAUUUAGUGCUAUCUUAUUUUGUUUUGUUUUCUUUAAAAACAUUACGUUUCAGUAUCAAAAUAACUGAUCAGUAUUUCUCCUUGUAAACCAUAUCCCUCAUUGUAACCACUGAUACCAAUUUGUCUUUUAAUCUUCCAGACCUUUUUUUAAAAACUAUAUUUGUUUAUAAAUAUGUGCACACACAACCAAAUACCUAAAUAUUUCAAUACUUGUAGAAAAGUUAGUGCUGCUUUGUAAUUUUAUAUGUGUGUGAAUAUACAUACACAUAUACACACACACUAAUGUGUGUGUUGGAUUGCUGCAAGGAUUAAAUGAGUUAAGAAAUGUAAAAUGGGUGGGAUUGUUACUAACAUAUAGUAACUAUCUAGCAAAUGCUAUUUUAAUACUAGUAUCAAUAUCUUCACCAUUAUUAUUAUCAUUUGUAGAAAGGAUGUUAACCAUGUAAUACACCUUAAUUGACAUCAAAGAAUUCAUAAUGAGAAAGACCAGUGGGUGUAAUGUUUGGUGAAAAGCUUCGCACCAACAUUUAUUCUUUAUUCAGCAUGAAGUUUAAAAAGGAAAAGGGGUGCCUGGGUGGCUCAGUCAGUUGGGCGUCUGACUCUUCAUUUCAUCUCAGGUCAUGAUCCCAGGGUUUUGGGGUCAGGCCCCACAUCAAGUCUGAGCUGAGUAUGGAGCCUGCUUAGGAUUCUUUCUCUCUCUCUCUGCCCCCCUCCCCUGCUUGUGCUCGCUCUCUCUCUCUCUCUCUCUCUCAAACAACAACAACAACAACAAAAAAUAGUGGGGGUGCCUGGGUGGCUCAGUCAGUUAAGCAUCUGACUCUUGGUUUAAGCUCAGAUCAUGAUCUCACAGUUCAUGGGAUCUAUUCUGCGUCUGUGCACUUUCAGCACAGGGCCUGCUUGGGAUUCUCUUCCUCUCUGCCCCUCCCCUGCAGACUCUCUCUCAAAACAAACAAACAAACAACUAUUAAAAAAGGAAAAAAAAAUGUAUAAAAGUCAAGAAAGAAAAAGAAUGAUUAAGACUACAUUCACACCUGUAUUUCAUGCUGCACAAUAAUUUUAUGCCCAUCAAAAACUAUUUACAUAUUGAGAAUAACAAUUCAUUUAUCAAAAAAGCAGAGAAAACAUGAAAUAUUUACUCAAUCACUUUCCCUCCAAAGUAGAACAUAUGUAGGUCACAUUCUUUUUCAAAACGGGAAAAACUAAAAUAUGAUAGCCAACCAUAUCUGAAUAUUGAUAAUACCCUUCCAAGUAACAUGAAUCAGAAGUAAAUCAAUCCCUGAAUAUAUUUAAAUGAAUGAGAAUGAACACAUUACAUAGAAAAACCUGAAAGCAGCUCAAUCUAUAUUCAAAUAAUAUAUAGCCCAUAGGCAUGCUGAUUUUUUUUUCAAGUUUUUAUUUAAAUUCCAGUUAACAUACAGUGUAAUAUUAGUUUCAGGUGUAAAAUUUAGUAAUUCAUUACUCAUAACACCCAGUACUCAUCACAAGUGCCCCCCUUAGUACCUAUCACCCAUUUAUUUAAUCCAUCUCUCUGCCCACCUUCCCUCCAGUACCCUUAGUUUGGCCUCUAUAGUUAAGAGUCUGUUUUCUGGUUUUAGGCAUGCUGAUGUUUAAAUAGCAAGAGAUUAUUAAUAAAUGAACUAAAUGUACAAGACUAAAAGCAAGAAUAACAGCAAGCUACAUUCAAAUAUAGAAAAGAUAUUAGUAAAAAUAAAAAUAAUUCAAGGAAAAUAAAAUUAUUUCUUUGACAAAAAAUACAUAUAGACAAAAACAUUGGUAAUUCUGAUGGGGAAAAGAAGGACAGAUGAAUACAUUAAAUAUGGACAUGAUUAGGAGAUUAUCACAUUUACUAAUGUCUGGAAAUCUGGACAAAGUAUGUGGUAUUUGUAGGAAAAUGUAAUUUGUCAGAAUUAAGAAGAGAUGUAAACCCUUAAUAGACUAAAAUGAUAAAUGCAAGGGGAAAAAUGUUUUAAUGUAGGCAAAUAGCUCCACUUAAAGAGAUCACCAGGCCAGAUAAUUUUAUUGGCAAAAUCUAUCAAAUAUUCAAGGAAUUUCUAAAUCAAAUGAAGUAAGAAGCUUGCCAUUUGUUGCUGUGAAUCUUCCAUAUUCCUGAUGUCAAAAUAAUUAGAUCACAAAAAUAUAAUUUAGUGUCAUAUAGUACUAAGAGUGUACAAAUUUAUUCUAGCAGUCUAUUAAUACAAAUAUUCACCACAGUCUGAACACAUUACCUGAACUCAAACCUUAGAUAAAACCUUAACUAUCACACUGUAAAUCGGGAUAGCAAAUUAAUCUAGACCACUGACUGUUUUUGUAUGGCCUGUAAGCUAAGAAUGGGUUUUACAUUUUAAAGUGGUCAAAAUUAAAAAAAAAAUACAUAACAUGAAAUUAUAUGAAAUUGAAUUUCAGUGCUCAUAAAUAAAGUCAUUAAAACAGAACUAUGUACAUUCACAUAUUGUCUGGCUGCUUUCACACUACAAAACAAUUGAGUACCUCUGAUAAGACCAAGUGGUUUGCAAAGCCUAUAAUAUUUACUAUCUGGCCCAUUACAGAAAAAGUUUGUCAACUCUUGCUCUAGUCAUUUCCUAAAAAAAAGCAUUGAUUUGGUUAGCAUAGUAUUCUAUGUUAUCCAAACCCAGAAAACAAGUAGGUUUUGGGUAGGGAGGGAUUCUUGAAAUGCAACAAAAGAUAAUUCUGUGGAAAUUCUGGAUUUUGUAUAUCUAAACUCCGUAACAGGAGUGCCUGGGUGUGACUCAGUCAGUUAAGCGUCUGACUUCAGCUCAGGUCAUGAUCUCACAGUUUGUGAGUUCAAGCCCCACAUAGGUCUCACUGCUGUCAGUGCAGAACCCACCUUGGAUCCUCUGUCCCCCUCUCUUUGUCUCUCUCCCCUCAUGCUUGUGCUCUUUCUCUCUCUCUC